AACAAUACAUUUCUUCCCACACAUCAACAGUACAUUGUUAGGCCUAGCCUGGUAGAGUAGGCGUUGCAGUUUGCAAAAUUUAUCUAGAAAAGUUAGAACUGUGGUAGAAAGAAGAUAAACGAGAUAAACAAAACAAUGGUGAAAUUUGUGGAUCACAUGUUUCCGUUUGCAGUGUUGUUUGUGUUUACACUUGCAGUACAGUGUACCUUACAAGAAAUGACGCUUACCCCAGACGAAGAUGCUGAUGAUGCCGACGAGGAUUUCCCUUCUUCGGGCAAACUCUCGUUCAAGACCCCAGAUUUAGAUGAUGAACAUGCUCACUCGCAACACAUGCCAGAUGCGCUCAAAUGUGACGCUUGUAGACACCUUACUCACGUGAUGCAAGAGAGUUUUGAUACAGCAAAUAAGAAACGUCCGUCACUGAAGAAAAAUUUACCAGAGUCCCAAAUACUUGAAAUCUUUGAAACUGUUUGCUCAAGUAAAUUUGACAAUGUCGGAGUAAAAGAAAUAAAAGGUGUAACCAGGCUGUCUGGACCAGGACUUGAAACAGCUGAUGUCCCCGGCGUCAUGGCAGGCGGGGGUAAAUGGCCUUCAAGAUUGAUGCAGAUGUGUGGUGAAUACAUUGGUGAUCUCGGAGAAGAAGAAAUCUAUGAGGCUUACAAAGAAGGCAACUUGCAGGACUUUGUUUGCAGACAACCUGGGCAAGACUGCUACAAACAUGAACAGAAAACAAAAAAUAAAAAGAAGAAAUUGGAUAAUAAAACAACAAAAUCAAAAGAAGAACUAUGAACACAUAUAGGUUUCAUUUUUUUUUUUUUUUAUUAUUACAGUUAAAUUUGCCUAAGUCGACCGUGCCUAAUUCGAAUAAUUUUUAAGUCGAUCUUAUUUUACAUGCCAAUUGUUGUGUGUUUUCAAUAACAGUCUGUAAGUCAAAUUUUAUUGAACAAUAUUUCAAUGACAUUUUGGAAUCAACUUAGGCAAGUUCACUAUAUUAUUUUUUGUACUUUUUAACUAGUACAUUUUAUGUAUUCACAGCAUUGGCUUUAUCACUCUCAUACUUUUUAUUUCAAUCGGGAUUAACAUGAAUGUUACAAUUUUAAGGUUUAAAGUGGUUACAUAUGUAUUAGUCGGUGAACUAAAAAGUGAGAUUUUUUAUACCUUGUUUCGCGAACUUAUUUUUUUAAAGAUCGUCAGUGGAGGGUGGGGAAAAAAAAUAUAAUUUUUAUUUUCUUAAUGGUUUUACCAAAAAACAUCCAGGCGAAGAAGAAAUCAUCAAUAUUGGCGGGCGGUGUGUUCGUUAAAUAAGGUAUAAAAAAUAGUCUUGUCUAAUUACUGUAUGCUACAGAAAAAUAUUUUUAAAGAUGAAAUUAUUAACACAUUUCAAAUAUAAAAUUAUUUAUAAAAAAAAUAUAUAAAAUUUUCAGAAAUACUAUAAACUCUACAGUAUAAUGAUGAUAGUUAAAUAUUAUAUUUAUACACAGUAUAAUGGUGAUAGGUAAAUAUUAUAUUUAUACAUUAAGAAAAUAUAUUCUGUUUCAAUACCUAAGAACUCAUACUUUUUUAUCAUUGUUACAAAUUUAUCAAAAAAAUUAAUCUAGGUCAUUGUCAUCUUCAUUAUCACCAUCAUCUUCUUAAUCAUCAUCAUUAUCAUCAUUGGCAUCGUGACAUUAAAAUUGGACAUUAUAGUAGUGUUUUUUUUUCAAGAAAGUUUUUAUUGACUUAAGCCACAGAUUAUGUAUUUACUCUAACAUUCCAAUAUUAUUACCCUUAAGGCAGUGUUUUAUAGUAUGUUUUACAUUUCUAUAAAUUGUUUUUAAAAACUAUACUAUACUAUCAAUUAUGUUUAUUACUAUAAGGUUGCUGCACUGAAUGUUUAUCAAAUCAUUGAUUAUUUAAAACAGUAUUCACAUAAUGUAAUAUUUUAUGUGUAUUUGUGUAGAUUCCUGGCUAUGUGUAUAAAGAUUAAUUAGUAAACUGUACAGGCAGCAGUACUGUACUAUCGUUAUCAACCAUUUUCUGGGUGUUUUUGCGGGGACCUAGUUAUUUCAGCAUACCAUUGUUCUCUCCCAUCAACAACCAUGUGAUGCAGUGUAUCGUAGUUUUACAGAUUGUGAAUCAGCCUUAACAAGAGACUAAUCAUAACAGGGCGUAUGAGUAAGCAGUGGUGGCGCAGGGAUUUGCUCACUCACUAGUGGGAGAGCACAAGUUGGCAUGGUCACCUGUUGCGCAAAACUGGCAUCGUACUAGGGGUCGAGCCCCUGGAAGCUGUGACAAUUUAAAAUUUGGAAGUAUAACGAUCUGUAAAAAUAUACAUACUUUUGUUUCCCUCCCGGACGAAAUGUUGCUUUUUUCUCCCCGACAAGGUUCUGUUACUUUUUAAAUAUGGUUUUGUUGGUAUUUAUAUCUGAAAUUUUACAAUAAGCUGUUAGGUUUAUGUUUAACAACACUUAUGCAAUAAAGCUAUGCUUUUCACUUACA